AUGUAAUAAUAAAAAGAAUAUAUUCCAAUAGUAUUAAUUGACGAUAAGAUUAAAUAAUAGAGAAUAGAAACAGAAUUUAUAGAUGAAAAGUAUUAAUAUAUAAAUAUUUUCUAUUUUAGACUACCAUUGAUUGAAUCUGUGAUUAAAACUAACAAACCAAGCACUCAUCUUUUAAAUUCCAGAACCUCAUCUAUUAUUAAAUACCUCAUUCCAACUGGUAUUAAACCUAUUGUUUUCCCAAAUAUUCUCUUAAAAACCAAAGAGGAUAUGAUUAAAUUGAGAAAAUUUCAAUUAGCCUAAUUGCACUUCGAUGGAGAUUUACCUCAAAAUACCACUAAUUUGAAAACUGAAAUCAGACCUAAGAAAACUGAAAGAGACAAAUCUUCAUAAAAAAUGUAUACUUAAGUUACAAAAAAUUCAUACAAUAAACCUAUAAUAACAGAACUCACAACUCUUGCUAGAGAUAAUUACAGUGUUUCUCCUAGGUCAGAUUCCUUUAAAUUUAGAAGUCUAAGUCCAGAUAUUGAAAGCUAAUUAUGGUAAGUGAAUAACAAAGUUAAUCGUAUUAAUAAAGCAUAUGAAAUUUAGAAAGAAAUUCAUCAUUUAGAACGAUUUAAGACUUAAUGGAAAAUUGAUGUUAUUUAAUAGAACUUAUAAUAAAAGAUUGUAUAAGUUGGUUUAAAUACCAAAAAAGGUCUUAGACCAAUUUUCAUUUUAAUUUAUUUACCACAUUAAAAUAUUCAUUUGAGAAGUUCUCAAACUGAAGUCAAAUCUAUGUAAAUAUUAUCCAGAAUUUAGAACUAAUGAAGUUGAAUUAACUGUUUUUCCAUAUUUUGUUCCAGUUUAUGAGAAAAUAAUUAAUGAAAAAGAGAUCUAAGAUAAUUAUAAAGAAUGGUUUUCCUAUUUUCUUGAUAUUCUCCAUUAUAGAAGCUACAUUCCAUAAGCAAAAACAUUUACAUUAGAUAGUAUUGAGAUCUCAGCAUUAAAUUAAAUUCCACCCUAUGAAAAAUUCUUAUAUAUACAAAUAUAAGUAAUUUUUAUUAAUAGAUUAGGGUUAAUUUGAUUUUUGGAGUAUUAUAAAAUAACAUUUAAAUCUUUCUGGUGAGUUUCAAGUUGAUAAAUAUCCAAAAUUAGCAAUUAAAUUAUUAGAUUUGAGAAGUAAAGAUGAAGUUUGUAGAUUUUUUAAAAAAAGAGAAAAUUUAUUACCAUUUUAUUUUAGAUAAAUUUAAGUUGGAAGUCAAACCUCUAUUCCUUCUUAAUAUUAUAUUGAAAUAGAAAAUAAUAUUAGAGAACCUGAUGAUGAAAUGUUUGAAUAAUCUAUUAUUUAAAUGAACGAAAAAGAAUAAGAUACAUAUUUAAAACUAUUAUAAUAAUAUAUCCAUUCUAAUAAAUCAAAAUAUUCUAAUAAAUUAAAAAAUUUGGAAGAGAAUAUGAGACUAAGAUUAAAAAAGAUCAAAGCUAUGAGAAGAUAGUCUAUUUAAGUUAGAUUGAAAACAGUAUUAUAUAUAUUUAUAAAUAAAAGAAACAUUUUAUUAGACCAGAAGAAGAAGAACAUUUUGAAAGGAGAUUAUUGCAUGAGGAUGAAAAAUCAAUAGAAGAAAUUCAAGAGGAUGCUUAUGAUCACAUUUUACCAUAAAAUACACAUAUUUUUAAAAAGAAAUCUAAAUAAAUAACAUCAGUUGAAGAUCCAUUUUAAUCUUUUACUCCAAAGGAUAAUUAAAAAUUUAAAGAAAUUUUACAAUUAGUAAAUGUUGAGAAAAUAGUAUUAGAAAAGAAUUUAUCAAGAUAAGAUGUGUAUCAUUACUUAUCACUUUUUAAGGCUUUGAUGGAUUCAGAUACUCCAUUAAGAAUAAAAGAUGUAAAAUAUCCAACUCUUUUUAUAUCUCUUGAUUAAUUACGUCGAGGUGUACCAUUUAUUGCAUUAUAUAAAAAUAAGGUAAACACUAAGAAACUUGCAGAAGUUUAUAGUAGAAAAUAUAAUUAUUGUGAAUUUAUGGAAUUUUUAGAUAUUUUUACAACAGAUUAUAGAGUGACAGAAUAAGAAUUAUAAGAGGUGGAAUAAGAAAUAAUAUAUUCUUAAUAAAAGCCUAGUCAGCCAACUUCUUCUGUUUUAUAAAAAUAAGCAUCUGUAAUUUUAGGAACAGAGAAUCAAUAAAAAUGA